ACAGACUGCAAAAGAGUGCAAGUCGUCUUGACAGAGGAACGGGAGAGGGGCAGAAAGAAAAGGGGGUGGGGAAGAAUCAAACGUACGCAUCAAUUUGUACAGUCCUCAGCUGCACCCCGUUUUCUGCGCCGAUUUCAAGGGGGAGCGGCUGGAGAGCGAGAAAACACUGCGAUGUUUGCCAAGCCGCAACAAUGUAAAUCUUUCCGUGCAUCGCGUACCCUGUAUGUCUGAGCGCGUGUAGGUCAAUGUACAGUACAAACGAUAGAACCGGAGAGAGAGAGAGAAAGAAAGGGAGAUACGCAUCGCUGGAUAAUAUAGGAUACAAAGUUUCAGUGCAAUGGUAGGAAGCCUGUAGGCUACCUAUACCAAUUGUGGUCACGUUCCAGCUUUCUGUAAUGGCUGACUGGAAGGAAUGGACCACAUAGAGAGCUAGUUAUGAAGACCCGAACCCACAAAGAAUCGAUGCCAGCGCGUAGUGGACGCAGGAGGGGAGGCAGUGAGGAGAGAAGGGGUAGGCGUCCACACCCCAGUCCCUCUCGAGCAGAACGCAAUGAAAGGCAAACACAAAGAACUGCUGGAGAGGAAUUGGCUGCUGGGCAUUUCAACCGUCGAUCUCAAGGCCAUGAUUCAUCAGAAAGUGAAGGAGAGGAUCUGGUGCCCCCACCCAAGAGACAAAAAGUCCAGGACUCCUCCUCCAAUCCCCCAGCCCCACCCCUUUCAACUAACACUCCAACUUCAGCCCCACCCCCAACUUCAGGCAACACUCAGUCAAGGGAAAGUGACAAUGAGGAUGGCCAAUCACAAGGCAGCAGAAGCUCAGCUGGAGGCAGCUUAGCCAAUAGUAGCAGCAGCAUAAGCAGUGGACGGGACAUUGACCAGGACAAUCGAUCCUCUUCUCCGAGUCUCUCUGCUUCUCCGUUAGCCAGUUUAGAUUCUGAAUCAGACUCUCCAGAUUCCCCAAAGCAGAGUGAUAAAAACAAAGAUGGAGGGGCAUCAAAGUGUGUGCCAGAGGAUCGGAGAGGAUCAGGGAGGGGUGAGGAUGGUAGUGCUGUGGAUCAGAGAGACAGUGAAGGAGCAGUAGAGGGAGAUAUGUCUCCUCUAAAGUCCCCAUCAUCGCUUUAUCCAUCUCAUCGUGGAAUGGCUGACACUGUAAGUGAUACAGGUAGCAACAGAAAGUCAUACUUUGCCCUAGAUUCUAAACUUGCAAGUAAAUUGGAAUACACAGGGCCUGGUAGUACUGAGACGUUGCACACCUGCAGCCGCAUCUCUUCAAAAGGAGGCACUAGUUCUGGGAAACCUGGUGUGGGAGGGGUCGAGUAUUCCCAUGGGAAUUCAAAUGUGAGUCAUGCUCCAACACUCCCCCCUCCACCUGCUCUGAAACCUCUAGAGGUGGGGCAGAAUGCUCCAGGUGGGGAAAGUAAAACAGACAAACCAGAGAAAGGUGAUAAGUCUGCUCCACCCUCUUUGCUUCCACAAGCUACUACUGUUCCCCAGCAACCUCCACCUCCCAGCACUCACCAUUACACCCCCACCAGCUGGUCAGGGGGACCUCCUAGCAACUGGGGAUAUGUACGAUACCCAGGUAACCACCACCACACACAUCCAAAUCAGCAGCCCCCGGUUCAGCAACAGCUACCCUCAGUCUACAAUUCUCCUUCAUCCACAAGGCACACCUCCCACCCACCCUACCUGCCUCACUCUCAUUCCCACCCACAUAAAGACUACCUGCCUAGGUAUGGCACCACACCUGAUCGGGAAAGGGGUGGGAGGGAAUUCGGAAACAGAGACUUUACUGCUAAUAAUACCAGUGCCAAUGCAAACAGCAACAGCGGUAGCAUCUGUGGUAGCACUUCUGGUGGUGGGGGAACAAACUCUAAUGCUAGCCGGGAUUUUGGGAACCCAUUACCUGGACAGAACAGAGAAUGUGGCCCACAAGUAUCAAAUCGAGAUGGGCCCACAGGACCACCAGGUGGUCGGGAAUAUGUACCUGGUUUCAGAGAUCGUGAACGUGGAAGAGAGUUUCCUUCGCAAAACCAGCAGCUUCAAGCUCAGGGCAGAGAGUUUGGACCUGAAAGCACAGGAGUUGGAGGAUCUUUUUCAAGAGACAAAGAUGGCAGGUGGGGAGAGUUAGCAGGUCAGGUUAGAGAGGCAGGAAGUAGCAGUUAUCCUGGCAAUGCCAACCAAACACCUGUUGGUGCCCCAUCUUCUGGUUUAGCUUCAACAACAGUGAAUCGUGACUCAGAUGGAUCACCACAAAACAACUCUGGGCAUCCUCCUUUUUCCACUGCAAAUACAAACCCUCCCAGUAGAGACUAUGCCCCUCCUAUGGAUUCAAAUGUACAGCCGACACUGCAAGGACAGACUAACCAAGCAUCUUCCAAUGCUGCAGACAUCCCUCCUCCUCCACACUAUUUGAGAGAAUACUCCCCUGCUGGGGGAAAGGACUACCCAACACUUGGAGUAACCUCUUCCUCUGUUCCACAUUCUGGUGUUGCCAGGGAUUACCCAAGUCCACCUGGAUUGGCGCCAAACUUACCACGAGAGUAUCCAGGAGGACCUCCACAUCACAGCCACUAUCCUGGCCAGACAGCCUUGCCUAUCCAGCACAGAGACCGAGAGCGAGAGAAAGAAAACACUGCAUCCACUACUCAUUCAAAUCGCAGUCACCCACCAUCUCUUUCUCCUUCAUCAAGUGGCUCUGGACAUGGACUUUCCACUUCUACUUCUUACCAUCCUCCACCACCUCCUCCCCCUACUAGUUCACUAGGUCCACCACCACCCAUCACAUCUAUUCCUGGUAGUCAUGCUCGACAGGCACCAUAUCCGUCACCUAAUCAAACUCCACCAACCCCGCUGUCUCCUCUUCCCAGCCCCUCAACAAAUCAGAUGGGAGGGUUUACUCCUUUCCCAUCCACCUCGGGUCCCGCUGUACAACUUCCUGCAUCAGGUGUCCCCACAUCCUGCCCAUCAAUUUGCAAACCUACUUCUUACCACAGCACUUUAAGCAGUAAUACCCCUUUCAGUAGCUCUUACCAUGGCAACAAUAACCAUGGAAAUGCUUUGGCAACUAACAAUGCUCCCAACAACAGCAAUAGCACUCCCAACAACACUCAAUCACAAUUGCACUCUCCUCAAAAUUCUAAAGUACCACCUCAUCUGAGUAACACAGGCCAUAACAACACUGGUCUGACUCCCAGCACAUCUGAUUCAUCCUCUGGCAUUGUGCCAGCACCUGUCAUAAAGGAGGAGCCAGCAGAAGAGAGAGAGGAGUUGGAGAGCCCACCUAUAGUUCUGAGAAGCCCAUCCCCAGAACCAAAACCUGUUGACAUUCCAAUCCAUGCCAGCCAAUCAGCUCGGUUCCACAGGGUUCUUGACCGGGGCAGUGGGAACUCUUGUGCACGCAGUGACGUGCUUUUUGUUCCACUUGAUGGUUCUAAGCUGUGGAAGAAGAGGAAUGAGGCCAUAGAACGUGCUCGUAGAGAGGUAGAACAGCGUGCAAGAGACCUGCGAGAGAAAGAGAGGGAACGAGAGAGAGAAAAGGAGAGAGAAAGAGAUCUGGACAGACAUCUGCAGCAAAAGGAGAGUGGCACCAAUGCAGGGUUAGGAGCUGCGGGCACACGCCAGGGCUCUUCACUCUUCUUUCCUUCUUCUUCAUCAAUCCUUCUAGACCCUUCAUCAUCUUCCUCUUCUUCUGUAAACUCCCCACAUCCCACUGUUCAUCCACAGCACCAGCACCACCACCCUCACUCCCACCCUCACUCCCUUCACCACUCUCAUCCUCUGCAUCCAUCUCUCUCUCAUUCUAUACCUCAUUCCCUUCUCAUUCCUUCCAUGACAGGGGGAUCUGGAGUUGUUGGAUGCCCUCAAGGUGCUCUGGGAAUCGGGCUUGGGGGUCCAUAUUUGGGCCCCGAUACCCCAGCCUUGAGAACCCUGAGUGAAUAUGCCCGUCCCCAUGCCAUGUCUCCAUUGGGUGCUGCCAAUCGAGCGCAGCCACAUCACCCCCACCUCCACCACCACCCUCACCCACAUGCUCAUCCCCAUAUGCACCCUUCAUUUUUUCUGUCCCAAUUCCAAAACCCAGCCCUUGCGCACCCCCACCACCUUCCGGCUGAUGCCGCCACAGCGGCUGCCAUUCUUGGCUUUUUGUAUGGGGGUGGGCUGGAGGGAGGCCAUACCCAUCCAGGGCCUGGUCCUGGUGGGUUGACUGGGGCGGGGCUUGGAGGAGUGGGAUUCCCUCAUGCUGUAGCAGCUCAUAGAGACCGCAUGAAGCCCGGAUUUGAGUUUAAGAGUGAGGAGCGUGUCUACACAGCUGGAGUUUUAGCCGACCCGGCACUGGCUUUGUCACACACGCACUCACACGCACACUCACACUCCCUGCUGCUGGGGGGUGGGACUGGAGGCGGGGCAUCUGGUAGUGAGGUAGCUAUUUACGGUGCAACUCCACCCCCUGCCCCACCCCCUCAAGCUUUAGCCACAGCGACUAGGAAUCCCAACCCUGCCCCUCAGCCACUGUCAGUCCCACCAACCUCUUCUAUUCUCCCAGCUACACUUCCCACCCAUCAGGUUCCUACCGGAGCCUCGGUGACACCAGCAGCCCCUGCUGCUCCCCCUCAACCUCCUCCCCCACCUCCUCCACCUCCAACAGCAUCAUCUCUUCAUCACCCUUCUCCACACUCCACAUUUCCAAAUACGCACCCGUCUUGUCAACCCCCACCCCUCCCAACUCAAGCCCCUCCCUCUGAACGAUAUCCCACCCCUGUCCGCACUCCUCCCAGCACAGAGCGUGCCAGGAGCGUGGAGAGGGAGAGAGUGAUACCAGCCACAGAGAGGGAGCGAGACAGGGAGAGAGAAAGGACAGGGGCAGGUGGAGGAGGAUCAGGAGGCGGCACAGCGGCUGCGGGAGGUGCAGGAGGAGGAGAUUCUCUUGGACGACUUCAGAUGCUGAACGUGACUCCUCAUCAUCACCAGCAUUCACACAUUCACUCUCACCUUCAUCUGCACCAGCAGGACACAGCCGCGGGAGGGGUACACCCCCUAAUGGAUCCGCUGGCAUCAGGGUCUCCCCUGGCCCGUCUGCCAUACCCCGGGGCAGCUCUUGGGCCCCCUAUCCUGGCACACUCCCUAACUGAGAGUGAAGUGCUUCGACAGCAACUCUUUGGUGGUCCUUUUCGUGACGUGCCCCAGUCCUCGUCUCUGGGUGGGUCCAUGUCUGCAGCUCACCAGCUCCAGGCGAUGCAGCAAGCUCAGAGCGCCGAGAUUCAGUUUCAGAGACUCGCCAUGGAACAGCAGUGGAUCCACCACCACCAUCAUCACUCCCUCGCGCAGGACGAGUACUAUAGCCACCUGAAAAAAGAGAGUGACAAAACGCUGUAGUGUGAGACAGAUGAGAGGAAGAAAAUGAAGGGAUGAAGUGCAAAUAUAAAAUAACAAUCAUUCAAGACUCGGCACUGAAUGACUGGAUACAGAGUGCAGACGUGACACCAGAACACAUAUCAUUCAGUAUGAAUUAACCUAAAUAGAGGCGCAACAAAAAGGUGUAUAUUCCAAAAAGGUGAGAUUUAUAACUCUGGCAUACAGUGGCACUAAAUAGAUAUUCCCAAACACUCCUGGGAAUUCUUUGUGUUAUUUGGUACACCAGACAAUGGGGUUAAGGCUGUGGAUCUAUGUACAAUAUACGUUAUGCCAGAAAGAAUGUUUAAAAAUGAAGUUCUCUUUUAUGUAUUUGCAUGUAGCUAGAUACAAAAAGCCCAGUGGGCUAAAACUCCAGUUUUUUUUUCUUGACACUCUAAAAGAGUGCGUUUAUGAGAGGGUGCAUGAGAUGACCAGCUUACCUUCAUAAUCUGUUUCUUUAUCGUGUUCUUAUUAAAAUAAUUAAUGUUCUUUGUUAAUAAUUAUAUGAUUAUAUAAACAUUAUUUUUUAUUAUUUUUUUACAUUUUCAUGUACCACUGUUUAUUUUUAAUUUUUAUGUUGAAUCUACCUUGUGGGAAAAAAUGCAAGAUAAAAAAAUAAGGAAAAU